GUAAAGGAGCACUGGAAUUGGGGACAAAAGCCUCCAAAUUGGCCCCUCUGCUUUACUGUACCAUCUACGAUCCCCAACACCCAAAUCCAAAGUCUCCACAGAUUUCGACCACCUGCAAAUCCAUUGCGUCGUUCUUGGACGGGUGUCCUCUGAACUUGUACGAAUAGUCUGCACCUAUGGACUCCAUCAAGAUCAAGCUCGCCGUGGACAGGUCGUGCAACCGCGUGCUGUUCGCUGACGCCGGCUCCGACUUCGUCGACGUCCUCCUCUCCUUCCUCACGCUCCCGCUCUCCGCAAUCCAGUUCUGUGCGGCGACAUCACCGGGAUGCCUCUUCAACCUCUGCGACAGCGUCAACCGCCUCACGGGAGGUAGGCUGCUUAAGGUUGAGGCCUGCCAUGACAUGCUUCUCACGCCUUCGACCGCCCAUGAGUUUGGAGGGAGCAGUUUCUGGAAUUCUCAUGAUGCGUUUGUCAAGAACCAGCCGAACCUACAGGUAGAUGGCGAUUACUGCAGGUGUUGGCAAGUCAUGGCUAGACUUGUGCAUGUCUACAACAAAGUGAGCUCUGGGUCUGUGAUGUUCGUGAGGUGUAAAGAACAGUUUAUGAUCAGCGAUGACUUGACAAUCAUGCCAGCAUCCACCAGGACCAUGCAGUUGCUGGCUCGCAACUUCGGCCCUGGUGCGAUCCUCCAUGACUUUGAGGAGCUGGAGGUGUGCGUCGGCUGGACGGAGGUUGUAGCCAUGCUGAAGGCUUCUCUGUCGUCGGAUACGAUAUUCACCGAUAUUUUUCUGCCCAUGGGAUCUGGUGAUCAGGAUGCUCUUGCCCCUGUGAAACCGAGCAUCAACAAGAAAGUCGUAGUAGCUCCCAAUGAAGAUUCGGGACCUCAUGCUCCACUAGAGUGCAAGAUCAAGCUUUUCUAUGACGGGCAGGAGAAAAAGGUGAUGUAUGCUGAAUGCAAGCAUGAGUUUGUUGAUCUGCUCCUCGGUUUCUUGGCUUACCCACUGGGCUGUGUGAUCAAGAACAUGCGUGAUAAUGGCGUCACCUCUCCUCUGGGCAAUGGUGGUGGCUUCGACAAUCUGUACAACAGCGUCGUCGGACUCGACGCAGCAGGCUUCAUAACAGGUGGCAAGUCCACUGAGACGCUGCUGAAUCCACCCCUUAGCCCAUUCAGCGUUCGCCCUAAGUGCGCCACUCCCAAAGAACACCAAGAGGAACCGGAAAACUACAACGGUCUGGUAUCAUAUAGCUGGUGUGCUGGCUGCUGUCUUGACCUGGUCGAAGACCGAAACUAUGUGGUGAGCGAUGAUCUACUGAUGCACCAGGCCUCCGGGAUGUCCGUGACGAAGCACUGGUGCAGGAGAGACAAGGCUAACGUUGUCGAGAUGGAGAUCACCAUCGGGAAACCAGAGGCUGUUGAGCUGCUGCAAGCCAUGCUUACCUCGAGGACACCGCUGACCGACGUGUUCAAUAACAGGCUGGAGGAACACUCCUCCCUGCAAAAAAUGCAGAUCUCUGUGGAGUUCCCUGCAGGUAAGAUCAUAACCGUGGAGGUUUCGAGAUUCGACACCAUUGCCACCGUCAAGCGCAGGAUCAACGAUCAGGUGCCCAUUCCAGCAGGUCUUCGUCAUGAAUUGUUCUACGGUAUCAAAAUUUUGGAAGAUUCGUGCACCGCUGCUGAAUACAAUCUUGUCAGCAAAUGUAGCAUCACCCUCGAAUUUCGUCAAUUAUCUACGGGCCUUUGGUAGUCGUGCAAUCGUUUUGCCGCUGUUGAGUAAGUUCUGGUGCCUGGUGGUAGUAGCAGUGUGUUCUGUCUGUCCUGUAAUUUGACAGUGGUGGUCGGAUGGUGCCUUGCUCUCCUGUAAUGAUCUGUCUGUCCA